GGUAGCUGCUGUUUUCAUUUUAGCUGCUAAACCUGCAAAAUAAUCCAUGAGGAAAAACUUAUCUAGACUGUGCCAUUAAAAGCGAGCAGUCAUGCUGGACUUUGCCAUCUUUGCUGUCACGUUUGUCAUCAUUUUGGUGGGAGCUGUCCUGUAUUUAUACCCAUCAUCCAGAAGGGCCUCUGGGAUCCCAGGUCUCAACCCUACAGAUGAGAAGGAUGGAAACCUGCAGGACAUUGUGAGCAGAGGCAGUCUGCAUGAAUUCCUCGUCAGUCUACAUCAGGAGUUUGGGUCGGUGGCGUCGUUCUGGUUCGGCGGGCGUCCGGUGGUCAGCCUUGGCUCCGUGCAUCAGCUACGGCAACACAUCAACCCCAACCACACAACCGACUCCUUUGAGACGAUGCUGAAGUCGUUGCUAGGUUACCAGUCAGGAUUGGGAGGCGGGGCCAGUGAGACCAUCGUCAGGAAGAAGGUGUAUGAGAGUGCAAUCAACAGCACGCUGAAGAACAACCUCCCUCACCUGCUCAAGCUGGUGGAGGAGCUGGUCGGGAAGUGGAAGUCGUUCCCAGAGUCUCAGCACAUCCCGCUGUGUGCCCACCUGCUGGGUCUGUCCAUGAAGACCGUCACUCAGCUGGCCCUGGGCGAGCGCUUCAAAGACGACGCCGACGUCAUUUCCUUCCGCAAGAACCACGACGUGAUCUGGUCAGAAAUUGGGAAAGGCUACUUGGACGGCUCCUUGGAGAAGAGCUCCAGCAGAAAAGGGCAUUAUGAGAAAGCUCUGUCAGAGAUGGAGUCGGUGCUGCUGUCAGUGGCAAAGGAGAGGAAAGCCCAGAGGAAGCAGACGGUGUUUGUGGACGCUCUGCUCCAGUCGAAUCUCACAGAACGACAGAUCAUGGAGGACUGUAUGGUUUUCACUCUGGCUGGAUGUGUCAUCGCUGCCAACUUGUGUAUCUGGGCUCUUCACUUCCUGUCCACCUCAGAAGAAGUCCAGGACAAGUUGUACAAGGAACUGGAGCAGGUUUUAGGCUCUGAUCCAGUUACCUUGGACAAAAUCCCUCAGCUCAAAUACUGCCAGCAGGUCCUCAACGAGACGGUGAGGACUGCCAAGCUGACCCCCGUCGCGGCUCGGCUGCAGGAAGUGGAGGGAAAAGUCGAUCAACACGUCAUCCCCAAAGAGAGUUUGGUGAUCUACGCUUUGGGAGUGGUGCUGCAGGACUCUGACACUUGGAGCACACCAUACAGGUUUGACCCCGAUCGAUUUGAGGAGGAUUCGGCCAAGAAGAGCUUCUGUCUGCUCGGUUUCUCUGGGAAUCAAACAUGCCCAGAGCUGAGGUUCGCCUACACCGUCGCUACAGUCCUGCUCAGCACGCUGGUGCGGCAGCUGAAGCUCCACCCGUUGAAGGGGCAAGUCAUGGAGGUCAGAUCUGAGCUGGUGUCCACGCCUAAAGACGAAACCUGGGUCACCGUUAGCAGAAGAAGCUAAAAAAAAUCCAUGGGAGGAGGCAGGAUAUGACGAGCCAUAUUCCUCCGAUAAAGCAAUAUGAUUUACAUCUUUAUUCGAGGAUUGAACAGCAAUUAAACGACUGAUUUCCAUGUUUUAUUUUACUUCCUGUCAAACUCUCUGAAGCUCUUUUUUCUACACUAGUUGCUGCACUGCCUGCCACAUGUGUUGUCUUUCUCUACGUUUUCAUGCGAGAAGUCUUAAGCACAUCAUAUUUUUAUUAUAUCGACUGACCACGGUUCAAAUUUGCACUUGUUGAAAGACGCCAUCUGUUAAAGGAGGGAGAAACCCGGUGCUCUAAUGCUCUAAGAUGUAGAAGGAAAAGUAAAACAACUUGUGCCGCCAGAUGUUUUUUUUUUUUUUCUACAUUUCCUCAACUGCCUAGAGUCAAAAUUCCCAGUGGCAUAUGGCUUGUUUGUCUACUAACGCAGCCACAUGGCAAUUAGACAUUUCAUUCCCUUUUUUAAAAACAUAUCUCAAUAAAUAUGUAUGAAAAUCUGCUGUGGGUUUUUGGUUUUGUCAUUUUAUAGUCAUCAAACCUUCAAGAAUGAGAUUUUGUUGUUUCGACCUACUGUACUGAAGGCGUUUUGAGCCUGUAAAAUUCAUC